AAAUUAUUAGAUCAAACUAGUUCAUCAAAAACUGCAGCCAUAGAAGCAAGUCGUUCUAAGAAGUCAAAGUCGGAUGCGAUAGAAGAUGAUUCUAACGAUCAACAACCAAAAACUGACAAGGAGCUUACAGAUCAAGCAAGAGCAACUGGUAAAAUGGUAAUGUUGAAUGAUGAUGAACAAAUAGUGGACAAACGACAACUACUGUCAGCUGGAUUAAACGUUAUAAAAAAGAAAGCUUCUAUAUCAAGAUCGUCAGAUGAUUUAUCUCGCAAUAGGCAACGUCGAGAAUUAGAAAAUCAAAUUUUAGAAGCUCAGCGAAAAAGGAUGGAAGAAGAAAAGCUUAAGGAGCAAGAUUUGUUAAGUAAAUUGGAAAUAAAGAAUGAUGAUAAAGCGAUUUCUGAUGCAAGGGCCAGAUAUCUGUCUAGAAAAAAAAAGAAUAACAAUUAA